AUGGCGGACACGAUUCCCGCCGCUUCUGCGGCCGCGCAGCAAGCCGAAGAGAAGCAGGCAGAAACCUCUGAACCCUCUGAAGUUCGGCCGGCCAGGAGCGCGGGCGGACGGCGCAUCGUGUGCGGGAUCGACGGUUCUGAGGGGUCCUUUGCGGCGUUCAAGUUUGUGAGAGAGACGCUGGUCAACCCGGAGCGUGGGGAUAGGGUCACUCUGGUGCGGGCCUUUGAGCCCAUGAACCCCGAGGAGGCCGUGUACAGCGACCACGAGCGGCGGAUCCUUCAAGAAGAGGACGAGGCGCGACGCAAAGAAGCGCGACACGAGCUGCAGCAGCUGUCCGAACUUGCCGGGACCAUCAUUGAGGGGGAUCCCCCAGACGCGAUCCAGGAGUACGUGGCGAUGCACCCGGUGGACAUGCUGGUGGUCGGGAACCGGGGCCUCAGCGCCGUGGCGCGUCUCUUCCUCGGCAGCGUCGGCAGCCACUUGGUGGCAAACAGUCCGGUGCCGGUGACCGUGGUGCCCCAGGCGGGAACGGCGCCCAUGUACGCAUGA